AUGGGAGCAGCGAAUGUGAGGGAGGCGCUAGAAGCAGCGAAGGUGAAGAACGCGUUAGAAGCAGCGAAGGUGAAGGACCCGUUAGAAGCAGCGAAGGUGAAGGACCCGUUAGAAGCAGCGAAGGUGAAGGACGCGUUAGAAGCAGCGAAGGGCCUACACAUGGGGCACAUCCUGUGUUUCACCAUAACGGACGUGCUGGCCAAGUUCAAGCGAAUGACCAACCACUGUGUCUUCCAUCCUAUCGGAUGGGACAGCUUCGGGUUGCCAUGCGAUAGGAUGUCUAUGAAGCUGAAAAUGGACCCCAGAAAUAUUAUCAAAAAAAAUAUACACAAUUUUAAAAAACAGCUACUCCAAAUGGGGUUCCUCUUCAAUUGGGGUAACGAAAUUAACACAUCGGAUGAAAGAUUUUAUAAGUGGACCCAAUGGAUCGUCAUCCAAAUGUACUUAAGAGGGCUGGGUUAUAAGAAACGGUCCUAUGUUAAUUGGUCGAACGAAAUUAAGUGUGUAAUUUCUAAUGAUGAAAUGAAGAAUGAAGCGAAUGUGGAAGGAUUAAAAGUAACAAAGAGGAAGCUGUUGCAAUGGUACCUCAGGAUCACGACGUAUGCCACUAGACUUAUUGAAGAUUUAAAGGACAUCGAGUGGCCGGAGAAGAUAAAGCUUAUGCAGAUUAAUUGGAUAGGAAUGAAAAGAGGCAUCAUCUUAAAGGCUAGAGUUAUACCCUUUGGUGAGUGGAUAACUGGGGAUCUCUUUUGCACUCCUUCGGAUUAUUUCACCUUACGUGUUCUUUACCGUAGCAUCUACGCCAACGAUGGGAUGACUCUCCUUUUUAAUUAUUUGUACCAUGGGGGGGGGGUGAGUUACGACUUCUUCGAUUCGUUUGUCCGAGAGGGGGCCGAGAGGUAUCCCAUGAGAGCGGCCGACAACCAUCCCAUUAGAGCGGCCGACAACCAUCCCAUUAGAGCGGCCGACAACCAUCCCAUUCCAGCGGCCGCUAACCAAAUGGAACGACUCAUUCACGACGAGGACGCUGUGCAAAAGGCACUGAGGGUGAUCAAGCCGAGGGCAGCUACAGUGGGGCUGCUGUCUGACGGGAGGGAGAAAAAACAUCUGCUGAAGUUCGACACGGAUAGCGAAGAGAACGAAGGGGAUUCCUACGUGAAAAUAUUUCUAAACGAAAAGGAGGCCAUCUUCCAAGGGGACAAAUUAUUAGUCAGUGUGAAUCAUCCGAAUAUCCACCAGAUAGUAAAUAGGAACAAAUUUUUACGUUCCUUUGUGAGCACAGCAGUCAGGCAAAACGACAUGGAUAGGCUAAAGAAUGAACGGAUUCUCUUCACAGGCUCUGUUAUUUACAACCCUAUAAUAGGGAAGUACAUCCCUAUAUAUGUAUGUACCUAUGUAUUAGAGAACAGUGGGCAUUUGCUGUUCGUUAAAAGGGGGAAGAGAGAGCAAGUGGGAGAAACUUCAAAGAGAGAAGAAGUCCUGCACAAAUUGUUAUGCUCAUCGAAGUAUAGCAAAAGGUACUGUGUGUACAACCUGAAGGACUGGUUGUUUUCGAGACAGAGGUACUGGGGCGAGCCGUUUCCUUUUCUCAUCCCGGUGAGAAGCACACAAAAGGGGGAGGAGCCAAAAGGGGAGGAGUCAAAAGGGGAGGAGCCAAAAGGGGAGAUUAAAACUGUGUGCAAUUCGGCUGUGAACAGGGGGGGAAUCUACAUAGACGACAUCCCUGUGCAUCUACCCAAGUUCCACAAAAGAAUAUACGAAUUGGGUUCGAAUAAAUACAAUGAAGGAUCUCCCUCCGUUCUCUCCAGAUUUAAAAAAUGGGUUUUCCAAAGGAGAGAAAACACUCUAUAUAAGAGAGAGUGUGAUAUAAUGCCCCAGUGGGCGGGUUCUAGCUGGUAUUACUUAAGGUACUUGGACUCAAAGAAUACGAAUCGCAUUUUUAACAAGGAGAGAGCAAAUUUGUGGAUGCCUGUGGACCUAUACGUUGGGGGAAGUGAGCAUGCUGUGCUGCAUCUUCUGUACGCCAGGUUUUUUCACAAAUUUCUGUACGAUCUUAAGCUGGUUAGCCAUAAGGAGCCCUUUCAGAGGCUCUUCAAUCAGGGCCUUCUCUUAAGCGCCACUUCGUUCUUUGCCUUCACGACGUUGGGGGGGAAGUUGGUUAGUUAUGCGUCCGUGAGGGGGGAAGCGGCAGAGGGGAAUAAUACCGAGCAGGAUGGGGGGACCCAGCACGGAGAGGAGGGCUCUUUCCAAGCGAGCAGCAUGAAGAGUACCCCUGGGGAAGAUGCCCACACGGGUGGGAGUGCCGAACCUCGCAAAGAGGGAGAGAGGCAACCGGCCUUAUCAGAUCAGCGGCCCUUAUCCGGUCAGGCGGCCUUAUCCGACCAGCGGCCCCUACCCGAGCAGCCGCCCCCACCCGAGCAACCGAAUUGCGCCACUGAAAAGGUGCUACGAGGAAUGGUCCCAUGCGAGGAGGGGAAGAAGUACAAAAAGUAUCAAAUUCCAGAGGAGCUGGUGGUGCAGAGAGAAGGAAAAUAUUAUUUGAAGGACGCCCCCCACGUGGAAGUAAAAGCCAACUAUGAAAAAAUGUCCAAAUCUAAAGGAAAUACAGUGAACCCGAAUGAUAUUGUGAAAAGGUAUGGGUCCGAUUGUCUCCGACUGUACAUCCUAUUCUUAGGACCUAUAGAUCAAAACAAAAAAUGGGACCUAAAAGGAAUAAAAGGGACUUUUAAAUUCUUAACCAAUUUGUAUAGCUUGUUUGUGAAGGAUGUAAAAGAUCCCCCGACGACCUUGGGUGGGGAGAAGAGACAAGAAAAGUGUAUCGCCACUACGGAGGUUCACUCGGGAGGAGUUCCCCAGAAAGGUAGCGAUAAUUUUGUGGAAACCCCUCGAGAGAGAAGCAGCGAUCAUAUAAUUUGUACCAAGUGUAGGAGAAAAAAACGAAAUAAGCAGAUGAUUCUGAAAUUUGAGAUGAUUAAAAAUGGGGGGAGCCAACAUGAAGGAGAAUUUAAUUCAGGAAAGAAAAAAGAAGCAAUAAAACGUCAUAUAAACUCGCUAUGGAGUCAAGACCACUUGUGCAAACAGCUAUCAGACGUGAUUGUAAAAAAAAAGGGACACGAAAUUGAACGAGAGAAAAAAGAAAGAGCAAAUUUUUACAUUGAAAAAAUAACUAAAUGUCUAAACAGCAUGAAGCUCAACACAGCCGUCUCCUUCUUCAUGAUGUUUUUUAACGAAAUUAAAAAGUGGGACUACAUCCCGUUGAAGAUUUUUUUGAUCUUUGUUAAGUUGCUGUACCCCUUCUGUCCUCACAUCUGCGAGGAGUUCUGGUUCUUCUAUUUGAAGAAAUACAAAUCAGAGAGAAAGCAGAUUUGUUACUUCUGCAACUCUAGCCUGAUGUACUUCGCACGCUGGCCCUCCUUGUUCCGAUUGGACGCGCCACAGGUGGGUAAGCUUUCCAUCCGGCUGAAUAACCGCCACGUGGCUUUCAUGGAGGUUGAGGGGGGAAGCGGUUUGGGGGAGCUGCAAAGUUUAGGGAUUUUUCGGCAUUCGGAACGACCCACAAAUGACGAACCGACGGAACGACCCACAAAUGGCGAACCGACGGAACGACCCACAAAUGGCGAACCGACGGAACGAUCACAAAGAAUCAUUCGUGAGGCCACAAAUAGGAUAACGGAUCGAAUCGAAAAAGAGAAGAAAAGGGGAAGACGACUUAUCAACGUUGUGUAUAUUCCGAACAGAGUCGUAAAUUUUGUUUUUAAGUGA